UGUGUGUGUUCUGACAGUCCUAACAUUGCCGGGUUAUGCAAAGAAAUAGAAAGAAAUAAAUGUACUGUCCUGAAAAGAAUGUGACAAGUUAAAAGCAGCUUCACAUUUACCUCUGCGUAACUGAAAUUAUCAGGAGGCUUCUAUUGCUCCACAUCUCCUUCUUGUGGUAGAAGCAGGAAUUUUGUUGUAGCUGAGUGGGGUGAGAUAAAACGCUCAGCUUUCUGGCAUGUUGGCUGUGUUCAUGUGAGAGCUGCUGCUGCUGCUGCUGCUGCUGCUGCUGCUCAGUGAGGACGACUCCCUCAUGGAAUGACACGCUUCACUUACCCAGCAUGCAGCAGGAGCUGUGGCUCAGGGCCAAAUCCCAGGUGAUCGCCUCCCUUAAAGCAGUGUGUGCAAUGAGGGCAGCCGCCUCGCACCCGCUCCCUCCACCACCCUACAACAACGAGCUGAAGAAUGCUCUGUCCUCCAGUGAUGGCAGCUCACUGAAACCAACACACCUCAGGACACGGGUGACCAACGGCACACUUAUCAACAGUCAUGGCUUUCCACAGGGCUUUAACAGAGACAAUGCAGAUAAGCAGAACACGGGUGAGAGUUCAAAGGAUCUAAACAAUCCAGUGAAGGCAUCGAGGAGUCACCAAGAGCUGCACAAAGAGCUUCUAAUGGCCCACAGGAAGGAGGGCAGGGGUCUGGCAGUGUGCUGUAAACCCGAGCUCCAGAUGGUUCUGGAGAGGAGAAAGAAAGAACAAACCCAGAGAGAAGAGUGUGAACAAUGCAGGAGCCCACUAGAGCAGGUCCUCCUCCAACGCCAACAGAAGCAGCAGGAGGUGAUGAGAGAACAGGAGCAGGAAGAGAAGAUACGGCAUGAGGUACAGCUCCUGGAGUUUAUCAGAGUGAGACAGAAUUUAAGAAAAGUGCAUUCAGCGCUACACAAGAACACCAGCUCCUGAAUAUCUGCCACGUCAAAGGCUGACUUUGGAAAGGCAAAGAAACCUGCUGUAGCGCCACAAACCUCUCGGAGGACUGAUUGACUGAGUACCACUGCUUUAUGUCGAUCUGGCUUAUGAAAGUUUUAUGUCCAGUUAUAUUAAUACUUUUUGUAGUUUACACUUUCAGAAGCAUGCUAUUCUACUUUAACACUGGUAGACCUUUUCCUAUUUUAAUCACUAUGAUGUCAGAAAUACCUGCUGAUUGUGUACUAAUGCAGUGUUCACAUAUACAUUUACACCAUUUUUAUACAAGUGAGCAGUUGAGGCUCAAUGACCCCAAAUGUCAGCUUGGUGGGCUGGGAUUUGAACCCGUGACCUUCUGAUCAGACUUCCAACAUCUUUAUCACUGAGCUACCAUAUUCGGCAAAUCCAGAGACGCAAAAAUGAAAAGUUGAACUCUAUGCAAAUGGGGAAUAUCUUUGAACAGUGACUAGAGAUUAAAGACAGUAGAGAGAAUGCGAUCCGUAUUGCGUCAGUUGGUAAAACGCAUAUUGGCAACUUCGUAAUACAGCAACUAGCAAUUUGCAGCAAUAAAAUCGAUGCAUGUGUCAGCAUGGCAUAAUGGAUUCCAGACAAGGUUACAGAUUGUAAUUUUCUGCCUACAGAUGACAAAAAAUUUAGUUUUGAUUUUUUUUUUUAGCCAUGCUCCAUUUUCAGUGUUUAAAAUACAGCUCACCAAACAUGCAUUCUAUCUGUGCAGUUAAUAAUUAAUAAUUACUCUGAUAUAAUAACUAAAAUGCUGUUUUGUCAGUUUCCUUUUGUUCUAACCCAGUGGUUUUCAAAGUGUGGGACGAGGCCCUCUAGCGGGGAAUAAAGAUAUGACAGUUGGGCGCAAUGAAGUGCACACAAUAUAUAUAUCUUCGUUAAUCUUCAUUUAUGAUUUUCCUUAUUAAAAAUAAACUCACAUUCAAAAAAUACACUCAAAGCAUCCACAAGCAAUUAGGUCAUUGAUGCAAGGAAAUAAAAACAACUUUGGUUAGGGUACAGAACACAAUUACACUUUUGUUUUCUAUAUUUUGGAACUUGAUGCUAUUUGAUGUUAUUGAUGUAAAACUUGAUAUUUCAAUAAAUUACACGAUGUAUUUCAUUACCAUUUUUGGGGUGAUGGAGGACAAGUGGGGAUCAAAAAUCGACCCCCUUCUUAAGCAGUAGGAAAAAAAAGUUUGAGAACCGCUCACUAACACUAACCUGUAAGUGCUUUAAAUAUGACAUUGUAUUUUCACCUGUAUUUAAAAUUA